AUGUCAUUUGAACAAUGCAAGGAUCAUCCGGAACCACCUCCAGCAUAUUCUCUUCAUCAGCAUGCUUGUAUUUCUUUGAAUUCGAGUGAUUGUCUUCGAUUUAUCCGAUUUCCACGAUCAGUUAUUAAUAUUCUUCGUCAAGCUAUCAUUGAAAGUUGGCUACGUGGCAUACAGAGAGAAGAAAAUUAUGAAGAUGCUCACGAAUUCAAACUACAUGGUAGUCCUUGGUGGGGUCAAGGAGAUGAUGCUGUUCCAUCACGUAUUUUAAUGAUUCAUAUUCUUUCAGCACUUUAUAAUAACGGAUGGUAUCUAUUAACAUCAACCCAUAUUUCCAAAAAACCAUACGAUCAAGAUUCAUUAAUUUUUGAACUUGGAAUACCUCCAUCACCAACAUCAUUUUUUUCUGUGUCAUUCAAUGAUUAUGAUAAACUAAAUUUGAUUUGUGCUCCAUCUGAAUUAAUUCCAGCAGUACAACAAACUCUUGGUCAAGAAACGAUUCAACGAGAAGAAUGGUGUGAUAGUGGUACUGCUUAUCAUUUUAAACUACGUGGUAAUCCGUGGAUAAGCAGUGGAGAUAAAGGAAUACAUUCUCGAAUAAAACUGUUAUCUCUAUUAGAUUGUUUUACUACAUUUGGCUGGAAACUAUAUGCAAGUAUCGAUAUGAAUAGAGGUGAUGAAGAUAGAUAUACAGAUUCUUGGUUUUUUUAUCAAUAUUCAAAAUAA